AACUAACAAGCUUCACUUUCUCUUCCAUCCAUGGCUUUCUGCCUUUCCUCUUCUCCUCCACACCCAAAGAUUUUCCCUCACUUUCGCUCUAAUAGCCCGAUUUCUUUUCCUUUCGCCCAAUCACGAGUAGUUUUGACACGCACUCCCAUUUUACCUAGAGCUUUGAGAGAAUGGCAAGAGUACGAGGAGGCAGUGAAGCGCAAGGAUCUCGCCAGAGCCCUCAGAUUCCUAAAAACGAUUGAAACGAGCAAGAAGAACAAUGACCCAGUUGAACUAAUCGAUGAUGGAAACUCGUCAAAUAAGAUUCGACUUGGCGAGCUGGGGCUCUACGGUGGGUCACAGAGGGAUUGGGAGGUUUUGGAUGCGUGCCUGAAUGCAGAUGAUAUGAGGCUUGUUGGCAGUGCUUAUCAGUUUCUCAAGGAGAAGGGUUUCUUGCCCAAUUUUGGAAAAUUCAGAAAUAUCGUUCUGGAAGGAACUAGAGAUGUUAAGCCAGCUGUGUUGAAGUCUUCCACCGGUUUAGAAGUGUCUAAAUUUUCUCCAAAGAAGUGGGGAGUUUCUGGAAGUUCAAGUGCUGUUUUUGUUGCCUUUAUUGGCGGAGUGUCUUUUCUUCUUUCACAAGGAAUUGAUGUUAGAACCAAUCUUGCGGCUGUCUUGGGGCUAGCUUUCUUAGAUUCUAUCUUCCUUGGUGGCUGCUGCUUAGCUCAAAUCUCAAGUUAUUGGCCUCCUCAGAGGCGCCGAAUUCUCGUUCAUGAAGCGGGUCAUCUUCUUAUAGCAUACCUUAUGGGGUGCCCCAUUCGUGGGGUUAUAUUAGACCCAAUUGUUGCAGUUCAAGCAGGCAUUCAAGGCCAGGCUGGAACCCAGUUUUGGGACGAGAAGAUGAACAGUGAACUUGCUGAAGGGCAGCUUAGUGGCACUGCCUUUGAUAGGUACUGCAUGGUGCUUUUUGCUGGCAUUGCAGCAGAAGCUCUUGUUUAUGGAGAGGCUGAGGGUGGAGAGAAUGACGAAAAUUUGUUUAAAAACAUAUGUGUUCUUUUGCAACCUCCAUUGUCUGUAGUGCAGAUGUCAAAUCAGGCAAGAUGGUCGGUUCUACAAUCUUACAACCUCCUCAAAUGGCACAGACAUGCCCACCGAGCUGCGGUUAAAGCUCUGGAAAGUGGUGCCAGUCUAAGCAUCGUCAUCAGGAGAAUUGAAGAGGCAAUGUUGUCCACUGGAGGAAACUGAGGUUAUGCAUAUGUAUCAAACCUUAGUUUCUCAGUUCUCUCAUCACUCGCAAGUUAUUCUUCUGUGGCUUUCUUCUUGGGAGGCUUAUGUGGAGUUGGUUCUCAAACAACUAAGAGAUAAAGACUUGUUGCAAAGGGACAUCUAUGCGCCUUUUUUUGUCUUAUGAGUAGUUACUAUGGCAAGUCAUUGUUUCACCGAUUGUGAAAUUUCUCUGGGAAGAAUAUUGAUGCUUUCUGACAGUCAAAGGUGGAGAAGGCAGGUUACUGGGAGGGAAGUACAGAUGGAAUGUUUCACAUACAUUGAGUAUAUCUUACUCAAAUUACUCUUCAGCUAGUUGAUAGAGCCUCAAUACUUUUGUUCUCAAAAUGCAUCUAUUGAUUAAUAAAAUGUAUUCUAUAGAUGAAACUUUAUUGUGUAGGAGCAUGUUAAGGCCUGGGUUUGAAAGCCGAUUUCGAAAACUCUGGCUUAGACAUGGGAGUGGAUCAGUGGAUUGUAGGUUAGGGCUUUUCUUUAGAUGUGAUGUAGGGAAAAUGUGAUUUGUAUCUCCCUUGACAUAAACCCUAAAACUUUCUGUUGUAUGUAGAAUAUGUGUAAUUCUAUGAUUCAGAAGUAUAACAAACCUUGUAAUAUAUAUUUUUUAUUUAUAGAUUUCACUCUUUGUUGUUGAAUAAAA